UACCUGCUUUAAGUCUUCUAACCCCACCCGAUUCGGUGUCGUGGAUGGGCACAAACGAUAUUAAAGUGCCCUCCUUCCGAAGUCAGUUCGAGUAACGGUGAGACGGUUCACAAAAGGAAUCACCUUCCAAGUUCCUCUGCUUGUGUAACUACAGAGAAACAAAAAUCAAUGUCCAAAACUAAUUUGUGUUACCUUGUUUUAUUGUUAAUUCUAUUGCCUUCUUCAUAUUUCCUUCCGUUAGUCCUUGCCAAAUCUCGAAAUCCGAUCACAGAUUCUGAGAUUAAGAAAAAGAAGAGUGAAUGUUAUGCUGAUAUCGACAGUGGACUGUGGGGUGGGCACUGCAAGUCUUCAUCAAUAGCAAAGGAGAAUUGUGCCUUAAAGUGCCUUUCUCCUGCUUGUUACGAGCUUAUAUAUGAAAGUGAUCCGCUCGAAGAAGGAGAGAAAGAUUAUAUAAGGAGCCAAGAAUUCAAGUACUGUAUGUAUAAGUUAUCAUUAGGAGAAAGCCUUGAGGGUGUUAGGGGUUCCUUUGAUCAUUAAAACCAUGUAAGCUGAGAGCAUUGAGUAUGAGUUGGGAAACUGAUGCUGUAUGGAACAAUUGUAUCUUUACAUUAUUACGGACAAUAAGAUAAAAUGUUUCGAGAAAAA